UGCAUUAUUUUCUCGCAUCCCUCCCUUCCCCUCUCCUCACUUCUCACACACCUCCAAAAUCCCUAGAAAAAAACCCUCUCUUCCCCCAUCACAUUCUCUCUCCUCUCCAUACAUAACACUCCCUUCUCCCUUUCUCUCUCUACUGGUCCUCCUUCCCCUCCCGCACUACUCCCCCACUUUCUCUCUCUAACCCUCCCACCAGAUCUCGAAAAAGCCCGAGACGAGCGAAACCCACAUUUCCCCUUUCCCCCCUUCCCCCCUCUGCAGCACCUGCAUUUCGCCAUUGCUGUCCCUUCAGUCUAGAGAGAGGGAGUGUGAAGGGGAGCUGGUGCGCGGAGAAAGGAGGUAAAGGUGGCAUCUUUUCGGGUCUCAGAUGCCUCACGUGAGAUGAAGAAGCAGACCCAUCUCUUCCUCGUCUCCUCCUUCCUCCUCCUCCUCCUCUGCGCCUCCUGCUCCGCCGCGGAGCACCUCCGCCUGAGCUCCUUCCAUGGCGGCAGCGGCGGCGGCGGCGGCCUCCUCAGCGACGCCGAGGCCAUGUACAUCAAGCAGCGCCAGCUGCUGUACUACCGGGACGAGUUCGGGGACCGCGGGGAGAACGUCAGCGUCGACCCGUCGCUCAAGUUCGAGAACCCACGGAUCCGGAGCGCCUACAUAGCCCUCCAGGCGUGGAAGGAGGCCAUCCUGUCGGACCCCAAGAACUACACCGCCGACUGGGUCGGAUCUGACGUGUGCAACUACACGGGCGUGUACUGCGCGCCCGCCAUCGACGACCCCAAGAUCCGCACCGUCGCCGGCGUCGACCUCAACCACGGCGACAUCGCCGGGUACCUCCCGGAGGAGCUCGGUCUCCUCGCCGACCUGGCAUUGUUCCACAUCAACUCCAACCGCUUCUGCGGCACGGUGCCCCACAAGUUCGACCGCCUGAAGCUGCUCUUCGAGCUGGAUCUGAGCAACAACCGCUUCGCCGGCAAGUUCCCGGCGGUGGUCCUGAGGCUGCCGUCGCUCAAGUUCCUGGAUCUGCGGUUCAACGAGUUCGAAGGCACCGUCCCCAAGGAGCUCUUCGACAAGGACCUGGACGCCAUCUUCAUCAACGACAACCGCUUCCGCUUCGAGCUCCCCGACAAUUUCGGCAACUCCCCCGUCUCCGUCAUCGUCCUCGCCAACAACAAGUUCCACGGCUGCGUCCCCUCCAGCCUUGUCAACAUGUCCAACCUCAACGAGAUCAUCUUCAUGAACAAUGGGCUCAGGUCUUGCCUGCCCACCCAGGUCGGCAAGCUCAAGAACGUGACGGUCUUCGACUUCAGCCACAACGAGCUGGUUGGCCCGCUGCCGGACGGCGUCGCGAAAAUGGUGAGCUUGGAGCAGCUCAAUGUGGCUCACAACCUGCUGUCCGGCAAGAUUCCCGCCGGCAUCUGCACCUUGCCCCGGUUGGAGAACUUCACUUACUCGUACAAUUUCUUCACCGGCGAGCCGCCGUCGUGCUUGAGGCUGCCGGACUUCGACGAUCGGCGGAACUGCCUGCCGAAUCGGCCGUUGCAGAGGUCGCCGGCGCAAUGUAAGUCGUUCCUGUCCAAGCCUGUGGAUUGUGGCUCCUUCCGGUGCGCUCCUUUCGUGCCUUCUCUGCCGCCGCCUCCUCCGCCGUCGCCUCCGGUGGUCAUCUCAAGGCCCCCGCCCCCACCACCCCUGUGCAUUCCUCCUCCGCCGCCGCCACCAGUCCACUCACCUCCGCCACCGCCCCCACCAGUUUUCUCGCCUCCGCCACCGCCGCCAUCCCCGCCGCCGCCGGUUCACUCACCUCCCCCACCUCCACCGCCCCCGCCACCAGUUUACUCACCUCCCCCGCCGCCUCCACCACCCCCGCCGCCACCACCACCUCCUCCACCUGUUUACUCUCCCGCCUCCUCCCCCGCCAUCUCCCCGCCGCCUUCUCCACCGCCGCCGUCACCUCCGCCACCCGUUUACUUGCCUCCACCUCCGCCGUCGCCUCCGCCUCCUUCACCAUCACCUCCGCCAAUUUACUGUCCCAGACCACCACCUCCUCCACCGCCAAGCUCGCCUCCGCCGCCAGCUCCAGUAUACUCACCCCCGCCGCCGCCCUCACCCACUCCUUACUACUAUAGUUCACCUCCACCGCCGCCUCCUCACCAUUCACCACCACCUCCGCCCCACUCACCACCACCACCUCCACAUUCACCUCCUCCGCCAUUCUAUCCUCAUCCUUCCCCACCUCCUCCGUCACCAUCACCACCACCACCUGUCCAUUCUCCUCCACCGCCGUCGCCACCACCUUGUAUAGAGCCUCCACCACCACCUCCGCCUCCAUGUGUUGAAUAUUCACCCCCUCCACCCUCACCCUCGCCGCCACCGCCGAUCCAUCACUUGCCGCCACCAUCUCCUUCACCACCACCUCCACCAGUCUAUAAAUCACCACCACCGCCACCACCCCCACAGUAUAUCCGUCCCCACCUCCACCCCCACGGUAUAUCCGUCCCCACCUCCACCCCCACCAGUUCAUCACCAUUCACCCCCACCACCAGUUCAUUACAGUUCACCCCACCGCCAAUCCCGUGCGAGACCCCGCCCCCAUCUCCCUCGCCGCCACCUCCGGCACCAGUAUACGAAGGGCCUCUGCCGCCGGUCGUCGGAGUUUCAUACGCCUCCCCUCCUCCACCACCCUUCUAUUGAUUCUUUUGAGAAUUUUCCUCCUCUAACCUCGCCCCUCACUUAAGAAUUAAAAAUUCGAGUCAGUCCUGUGUGUGUCACUAUUUCUUUCGUGCUCUCGACAUCUCUUUCCUCUUGUCACCGGCGCUUCCUUCCAAUCCGAAAACCCUUCUCUCUCUCGCUCUAUCUGGGCAAUUCUCGUCGCUCGCUGGAGACGAGUCAAAAAGGGAUCUUGUGCAGUUUUAGAUUGUGAUUUUUCCCCCCGUAAGAUGGUCUUUUGCUGAAGAUGACACAAAGGGAAAGAGGCGAAGGGAACAAGAGAGACGAAGAGAGAGUGAGGUAAGAGGAGAUGGUCUCUUCUACUCCAUAUUUAUUUGCAAUUGUUAUGCAUAAUCUCGAGAUGUCAAAUAAAAUUUCCAGAGAAAAAAAAGAGUAGGUUGCAGAGAAAGUGUAUGUAUAGGGAUGUUGAUGAAUUUGGAGAUCGAUUUAAUCGGGGGUCCUUUUACUCAGAAUCCAGGGGGCUGCUGUGCUAGUGCAGCUUGCUGUUUGUGGGGGGUUAUUGUUGUUCAUCUCAUUUUAUAAUCAUACUUUUGUUCAUUUUUCUUUUCCUUUCUUUUUCUUCGAUUCUUACAGUAUAAUCAUGAUGAACAUUUUUACUUGUAUCGAUGAUGAUGAUGAUUUCAGAAUGAUCAUUCCUUUCCAUUCCAAA